GAAAGAAAGAAAAGAAAACAAAGAACACAACGCAUGUGAAAAUGUGUAAGACAGAAGAAGGAAGAAUAGAUAGGUAGAGCAUAACAGUAAGCGCUAUCGGAACACUGAACACCCGACGGAGAGCCCAAGAUGCAGGUCGUGACAAGUUAGCCCGAGUUAUAUCAACAGCAACAUAAUCAGUGGAUUUUCGUCUGUGAGUGUGGUGUGUGUUUUUAGUAAUACCAAGAAUUGUUUCUUUUUCCUAAGUAAUAAUCAAAGAAGUGUGUGGUUUUUUUGGUGGUGUUACGUCAUUGUGUCCUGGGUUUGGGAUGACAUCUGUGUCCAGAGUCAAUAAACAUCAGCUGCAGAUAAGCGUCCCUGCCAUCACCUCGCGGCGGCGACUGUCUCACGAUCGGCGAAGAGACAACAUUAACAAACGUUGCGCACCAAAGAGGCGAUGCACUCAGACUGGUGCCCGAGAGUGUGUCAGCAUGUGAUGGUUGACGACAGAGAGCAGCAGCGACUACUGAAGCGUCGUCGGUCGCCAUGCCCACCCCCACGGCCGGGGCGCCGCUAGACGAGCAAGAGGACAGAAGUCUGCAGCCUGGCGGCGACAACUCUACCUCGCAGACUGCACGCAGGAAGAGAAAACGGAAGCGAGACGCCCACGAAGACCUGAAGGAGGAUUCGGAUAGCGAGGCCAUGAGUCCAGAGGAGGAGGCGUCUGCAUCGCCUCCGGCCGCAGUGAUAGCGGGCAGAGACGAGGAGGAGAGGGGAAUGUUGUCGCCGCUAUCUGGCAGUCAGUUCCUACACGAUGACACCGUGCAACCGCCCAUGUCUAGGCCUCAAGAGGACGAGGACAAUGAGGCAUCUUCCGAAGACGAGCGUAACAAGUCCGCGGGAAACAAGUGCAAAACGAAAAAAGGAGGCGAAGUGAGGACGACGACGUCUCCUUCCCGGAACUCGGCUUCAUUCACCCUCGACGCUGGCGACGACUCGUGCGGAACCAGCGACGUUGAGAAGUUUGAUGGCAAGAUCGUGUACAAUCCUGAUGGCUCGGCGUAUAUCAUUGAGGACAGCGAACUAAGCGAAGAGGACGCCACGAGCCUUGCUGACUUGCCUCAGAUUAUUGGCGACGGUUGUAUCGUGGACGGACGCGGUGUCAGCCUUUCUCAGUCCUUUGUGUUCCCGCAGAUAGCCAAUGCUUUCUACGUGUCUCGGAACCCCUCCCUUUAUAACGCCUUGUAUGGGGGCGCUGCAGCUUCCUACGCUGCCAACAGCAUCUUGCAAGACAAGAAAAUAGUUCCUGAAGUACCUAUUAUGCAUAGUUACAGGGUUUUCACUGUUCGUGAUAAUAAAAGUGGUGAUAGUGAUGAUGGAAAGGCGGAGCGUAGUGGUAGUGGUGCCAACGAAGGUAAGAAAAACGUGGACAAGGGUAAGACCAAGCAGCUUUUGCUGCAGAAGAAGAACGAAAAGUAUUCCGGUAAAGACUGCUCAUCUGUUCCUGUAAAACCCAUUCUAAUGUGUUUUAUAUGUAAACUGUCUUUUGGGUAUGCAAAAUCUUUCGUGGCGCAUGCCAUGGGCGAUCACAAUGUGGCCCUGCUGGAAGACGAGAAGGACAUUCUCGGGCACAAGAACGCGUCGGCCAUAAUUCAGUGCGUAGGGAAAGACAAGGAGCCGCUGGUGUCGUUCCUGGAGCCACUGUCGCCAGUGACCGUGGGCCUGGACAAGCCGGUGCAGCGGGACCGAGCAUUCAGCGAGGAAGACGUCAAGCAUGAGAAGGAGGACGCUCAGAGAAGCUCCCCGCCGAGUGUGGGUGAGAAAAAAGCCAAGGAAAGUGACUGUGUUGGCAGUGUGGGACUCUAUGAGGCCGAGAGCUUAGUAAUGCGUCACCGUCAAUCACAGGGCAACAGCGCCACUUCACCUAGCGGGCUGUCCAACGUCCAAAAUCAACAUGUUCCUGAGACUUCGGUCUCCCUACCUCAAAACGGUAGUUCUAGUAGUAGUAAUAAUAAUAAUAACAAUAAUAAUAAUAAUAAUAAUAAUAGAAUUAUUGGCGUCGGAAUUAAUAGUGUGAUGGACCUGACGCGUAAGAGUCCCAUAUCGGCGUCGGCAGCGUCAUCCGGUAACAACGGUCGGAGCAGCGUGUCCCCUGGUGCUAGCCCCUCACCGGGGUCUACGCUGAGCCCCCUACUGUCGGCUGCAGUGGCAGCAGGUAACGCGUCGAAUUCCCUGCCAUAUCCUCAACCACCGCCCAAUUUCCUGACGGGCACGACAAUAGGAGUCUGUCCGGACCACAUGGGCGGGCGUCCCAGUGGCGUCGAGUGCGCCAAGUGCGAGCUCAUUCUUAGUUCCUCCCGCCUAGGGGGCGUCGGCGGCCCCCUGGCCGGCAUGCACUCUCGCAAUUCCUGCAAGACCCUCAAGUGCCCCAAGUGUAACUGGCAUUACAAGUACCAGGAGACACUGGAGAUCCACAUGAAGGAGAAGCACCCAGAAACGGAGACUUCGUGCAUCUACUGCAUCGCGGGUCAGCCGCACCCGAGGCUGGCUCGCGGCGAGACCUACACUUGCGGUUAUAAGCCGUACCGUUGUGAGGUGUGUAACUACUCUACGACGACGAAGGGUAACCUCAGUAUCCACAUGCAGUCCGAUAAGCACCUCAACAACAUGCAAGAGCUGCAGAACGGGGGUGUGACCAGCGGCGAGUCGGCCAUCAGUGGCCCCGGCCUGCACAGCCAGGCGUCACAGUCAAGCAAGGGCGGUCUAGUGAGUCCAGGCUCUGGAGGUUCCGGGGGCUCGGCCACCGCUAGCAGUCACCAUCACCACCCUCACACGCCUCUCAGUAGCGGGCCUUCUGGUGGUCAGAGUCAGAAGCCGAAGCCUACCUUUCGGUGCGAUGUUUGCAACUACGAAACGAACGUGGCGCGGAAUCUGCGCAUUCACAUGACGAGUGAGAAGCACACGCAUAACAUGAUGGUACUGCAGCAGAACAUGAAGCACAUGCAGACACUGAACGUGUUACACCAGCACCAUCCACACCAGCUCGAGACUCUGUUGCACUUCCAUCCUGGUCUCACUCUACCCGGAGACAAGCCUCCACCUCACACUGAGGCUGCUCUCGCUGACAUGGCCUACAAUCAGGCACUGCUGAUUCAGAUGAUGACGGGGGGCCAGCUGCCGCCACACAUCCCACCAGAACUGGCCCCCCAUAUGGACAUGGGUCUGAACCCCGAAACGAUGGAGCCGCCACCCGAACCCGCAGACCCCAACCCUUCUCACCUGUUCCACUGUUGCGUCUGCAAUGUGUUCUCCACGGACUCUCUGGAAGCCUUGUCACACCACCUGUCCGCAGACCGGACCAAGAUUAGGGAACAGGAAAUUCUCGCUGUGGUGGCUGGUCACUAUGUCUGCAAGCUCUGCACCUACAAGACGAACCUCAAAGCGAAUUUCCAACUGCACUGCAAGACGGACAAACAUCUGCAGCGACUGCAGCACGUGAACCACGUGAAGGAGGGAGGUCCGAGGAAUGAGUGGAAACUGAGGCACGUGGCGUCGCCAGGCGGUAUACAAGUGCGGUGCCAUGCUUGUGACUACUACACGAACAGUGCCCACAAGCUGCAACUGCACGCCGCCGGACAGCGCCACGAGGCGAGCUGUCUCCUCUUCAUGCAUCUCCGCGAGAGCGAGGCGCUCUCUGAGGCUCCCCGCAUCUACCACUGCGCCCUCUGCGGCUUCUCCACCCGCACGAAACUGCAGUUGCUCCAGCACGUACGCUCCAUGAAACAUCUGCAGAUGGAGCAGAUCCAUCAGCUGCAGCGGCGCAGCGAGGGCAAAGAGCUGCAGACAGAUAUCGGGGAGGUCUUCCAGGUCAUCAGCCAACUGGAUCCUCCGGGCUUUGGCGACAGUGAACCAGAUCGGAAGGAGGCACCCCACCAUCAGCAGCAUCAACUGAGCAGAGAACAGAGAGACUGUGGUAAAAGUGACCCAAAUAAGGAAUUGGCGAUGAAGUUCCCUCUGGACCAGCAACCGCAGGACUCAGAUGAGUCUGAUCAUCACCAGCAGACUGUCCCGCAGCAACACAUGUGUCCUUACUGCAACUAUACCAACAGCUCUGAGAUGCGCAUUCAGGCGCAUGUGCUGGCUCAGCAUUCCCAGUCCGAACCGUCACCCCCUUCGUCUUCUCCAGCACGCGAUUUCCUGUGUCCGCUCUGCCAGGACGGCUUCCGGGACCGAUCUCAACUGGAACGUCAUGUUAUGCAGAUACACAGCGUCAACUCUGAAGGCCUUCAGCGGCUACUUCUUCUCGUUGAUCAAUCCCAUUGGUUGAACGCAGUGAGCAGGUCUGGGCCCUCGACACCGCAGUCCCAGCAACCACAUCAACAACAGCAGACACCCCCUGGUCCAAACUCACACCCAAAUCAGAUGAUCAGCCCUUCUUCCGCCUCCAGCCCAGCGGGUUCCUCAUCCGGGGGCAAGGACCUAGAUUUGAGUGGGAAACAGAAUCACUCAGAUGUGAACUCGACUGAAGACCGAGACGAGACGAUGCGUCCGGAUUUACUGUCACCUUCACCAGACGACCAGAUGGACAUGGACGAAUUCAGGUGCCAGACAUGCUUCAGGAGUUGCAGGAACAUUGACGAACUCUGCAUGCAUCAGAAUGAGACAGGACAUUUGGAAAUAAAACAGACACCAAACGGGCCGGGUUAUCUGUGUUGGAAGAAAGGAUGUAACCAAUACUUUCCCACUGCGCAUAGUCUUCAGAUGCAUUUCCGUGAGAUUCACGCUCGUGGGGGUGUUCCGGGCACGCCAGGACAUCAGCAGACCAUAGCCGUGUCGGAAAAGCACGUUUACAAGUACAGGUGUAACCAGUGCAGCCUCGCCUUCAAAACCAUGGAGAAGUUGCAGCUUCAUUCGCAGUACCAUUUGAUACGUGAUGCCACGAAAUGUGUGCUUUGCGGCCGUAGUUUCAGGUCGGUGCUUGCGCUUCAUAAGCAUGUGGAAACAUCUCACUCAGAAUUGUCCGAGGACGAAUUGGCCGCAUAUAAACAGAGCUUGUUGAGUAACCCUCUACUUCUAGCGGGUCUCAGCGGUCAGGUGUUGGACCCUUCUACCAAUGAUUUGUUGAAGAAAGAGAGUUUGAAAAUGGAAUCCGAAGACGUUAUGGAUGCAGAUGAAAGUCCUAGUAAAGACCAGGGUCACAGUCAGGAUGACGGAAUGGGCAGCAAUAUUGGGGACGGAGAAAACAGCGACGACUCCGUUGUUUACAAAGAACAACAGUUCCUAGAGGAUUACCUCAACAGUCAAGCAAUAGCAGAAGACAGCUACAACGAUCCAAACCGUAAAUAUAAAUGUCACCGCUGCAAAGUGGCAUUUACGCGACAGAGCUAUUUAACGAGCCAUAACAAAACUUUACUUCAUCGCAAAGGAGAAAAACUGAGCUACCCUAUGGAGAAAUAUUUAGACCCAAAUCGACCUUACAAAUGUGACGUAUGUAAAGAGUCCUUCACGCAAAAGAACAUCCUUCUGGUGCAUUACAACUCUGUCAGUCACUUGCACAAGCUGAAGCGUGCCAUGCAGGAACAGCAGCAGCAGAAUAACAACAACAACAACAACAACAAUGGCGUGUCUGCAGUUUCGCCGCAUGCAGUCGCUACAGCGGCAGCCGCUCUGGCUGCCAGCCUUGGAGUGACACCUCCACCUACUCCAAAAUCAGCUUCAGUCUGUGAUGACGAUGAUAAGAAGCCAUACAAAUGCAACAUCUGCAAGGUGGCUUAUAGUCAGGGUUCCACGCUGGACAUCCACAUGAGAUCGGUGCUACACCAGACACGGGCGUCAAAAUUGCAGGACUUGGCCAUAACGGGUCAGAUUGAUCUCAGCAAGCCGCUCAUAGAGCAGCCCGAGCCACAGAAAGCACAGGAUCAACAUAAGAAAAUGCUGCAGGAUAUUCUUGGUACCGCGCCCAAACAUCAGCAGCAAUUGUCUUUGUCUUCGCUGACGUCGCCCUCAUCGGGAGGCAGCAGCAGUACCAGCAGCAGCGGCGUCACCUCGCAAGUGCCGUCUCUUGUCCCGGGAUCUUCUCCCAUCACGGGCAGUAACAUAGUUCCUCAGUCCACCGCUGCCGCUGCGACUGCUUCAGCAGCAACGUCAACCAACUCGAUCAUGUCACCAGUUCCUAAUAGUUUAUCGAAUAACACUACAAGCACAAGUACAAGCAAUGCGAUGUCCAGUCAUCAGCAUCACCACACACAAGCGCCGCCCUCGCCUCAGCAGCAGCAUGGCAUGCUCUCAUGUCAGAGAUGCAGUGCACUUUUCGUCAGUCAGGAGCAGCUGAAUACACACCAGCAACUGUACUGCCUGUUUGGUAGCCCAAUGACAUUAUUUCCGCCUCUUCCUGCCCCACCACAGAACUCCAGCGUCUCAGUGUCAUCGCAGGCAUCUCAUAGUUCCCCUCAACCUGGCACGAAGACCCCACCUCCUCUUCCAACCACCCCACAACAAGAUGAGCCUUUCAUGAGGCUGUCAAUGCCAGGGAGGAAAUCGUCACAAGUAUAUAAGCACCUCCUGGAAAGCUUCGGUUUCGAUCUCGUGAUGCAGUUCAAUGAGAAUCACCAGCGGCGACAAAGAAAGGAGCGGGAAGAUGAAGAGAUUUUGUUACCAGUGGCAAGUACUCAGACUCAAGUGACAGAGCAGCAGGAGCAGCACCAGCCCGUCGUUAUCAAAUUGGAAGAUGAGCCUCUAGUGUCCAUGGAACAGGACCUGCCAGAAGUGGCCAAGUCAGUAUGUCAGCACUGCCGAAAAGAAUUUUCAAGUGUGUGGGUCUUGAAGGCCCACUGCGAAGAAGUGCAUCGGGACUUGGUCCCACCCGAAUUCCUCGAAAAGUAUGCUCAGCGGUUCAAGUCUGAAUACGAGAAGAAGACAGUUGUGGUAACGGCAGCUACUUCAACCACACCCACAGGAACACCUGUUGUCACUACACCCGUCAGCCAACAGUGCGUGGCCACGUCCACGAGCAGUACCUCGACAAACAUACCUCCCACCAUAGACUUAACACCUGAGAAAGACAGCGAGGAUAGCAAAGAGGCUGUUUCCAAGAUAGUUCAGCAACAGCAGCAGCAGCAGCCGAUGCAAGGAACGCCUCCAGAAAUGCCUACUACUGCUCCCAGUACGCCGACGGCAUCUUCCACCCCAGCGUCCAGCACAGACUCCAUUCCUGCAACGCUUUCGACGUCUAUGGCGGCAGCAGUUGCAGCGGCGUCGGGUAGUAUGGGAGGUUCUGCAGCUGGAGCAAGCAGCAGCGCGAGCUCAAACCUGUCCAUGUCGCUGGCGCAACAGAUGAGCGAGAUGCAGGCAGCACUAAACGUAAUGGCGGCCUCUCAACUCCAACAGCAGCUGCAGCAGUUCGGGACGCCCAUGAUGAUGGGAAUGGCAGGUCUCGGGAUGGGUCUCCCGCUCGGGCUCAACAUGAACGCACUCGCCGCUAUGAAUCUGCAGCCCCCGCUUGUGCCUAUGAUGAUGCCACCGCCGCAUUUCGAUCCGUUGAGUCUAGCACAGGCCCAGAACUCGAUGUUCUCUCCGCAAGGAGGCGCAGCAGGGAUGGACCCGAGCGCGAUCCUGGCCAAACAGCAGCAACAUCUGCUUCAGCAGCAGCAGCAGGCGGUGACGGCCGCGCAGCAGAAGAGGGCAAGAACAAGAAUUACAGACGAUCAGCUGAAGAUUCUGCGUGCUCACUUUGACAUAAACAAUUCUCCCUCUGAGGACCAGAUCCACGAGAUGGCUAGUCAGAGUGGAUUGCCACCCAAAGUCAUCAAACACUGGUUCAGGAACACUUUAUUUAAGGAGCGUCAACGGAACAAAGAUUCGCCCUACAACUUCAAUAACCCCCCAUCCACAACUCUGAACUUGGAGGAGUACGAGAAGACGGGAGAAGCCAAAGUGAUGCCACUGAAUAGCAGUGGCAACGGGAACGAAGAGCAGCAGACUUUGAGCAAAGAAGCGACACCCUUGAGGCCGCCUUCAGCAUCAACAGGAUCAUCAUCAAGCAAAAGGAAGCAGUCACAGCCCCAACCGUUUCCACCCCCGCAUGCAUUUCCCCAACCCGCAGAAAUGAUAAAGACAGAACCUAGAGAGAUCACCGCUCAGCAUUCAGACAUCCAGGAUCACAAAUUCAACAACUUGUUCCUCGACUCUGAUCAUGGCAGUAGCAACAGGAAAGAAGGUGGUGGAGAGAGGGUGUUAGACCUCGCAGAUGAGAAGCCUCUUCACAGUCGGUACCCACCUCCGAGUCCUGUUACCACGAUGGCUGGUAACAACGGGAACAGCAGCAACAACGACGGUUCCAGUUCCGUACAUCCCUCAAACCUUAUCCGAACUUCCUCUCCAAGUUGCAUUACCUUGACAUCCAUUAUUGCGUCACAGCUAGGCUCAGACACUGUCACAACAACACAUCCAACCAUGAACGCGACGAACAUCACAGUGACGUCAUCAUCCCAUUCCAGUAACGGCAAUAACAGCAAUAUGUUGCCUCCCAAAUUGACGCCACCGAACUUCCCGCCCCCCAAUCAAAUUCCCACGUCGCCAGGAAUAUUGACAUCUCUCUCCUCAUCGGCCGCUGUUGUAUCAAGAAGUGUUAGCCCCGGACGAUCGUACAGUACCAACUCCUCAGAUGGCUUUGGACACUCUUCCCUGCCGCCGGGAGGAUGCGGCGGUGGAGGUGGUAAUAGCAACGGAAGUAAUUCUUCAGGAGGCUCCUCUGGUAAGAGAGCAAAUCGCACGAGGUUCACUGAUUAUCAAAUCAAAGUGUUGCAGGAAUUUUUCGAAAACAACGCGUAUCCAAAGGACGACGAUUUGGAGUAUUUAUCAAAACUCCUCAGUCUCAGCCCACGAGUCAUAGUUGUAUGGUUUCAAAAUGCUCGCCAGAAAGCACGUAAAGUGUACGAGAACCAGCCCCCAGUAGAAGCGCCUCCUGGCGUGGAGGAAGGGGGCGCGAAUAGGUUUCAAAGAACGCCUGGAUUGAACUACCAAUGUAAAAAAUGCCUACUUGUGUUCCAGCGCUACUAUGAACUUAUAAGACAUCAGAAAACUCAUUGCUUUAAGGAAGAAGACGCUAAAAGAUCUGCCCAGGCCCAAGCUGCUGCAGCACAAAUUGCAGCUGUUCUAUCUUCCGAGGAUUCGAACUCCAGUACCAUAGCAGAACCUAGUCAGCAACAACCGCAGCAACCACCCCAACCCCAACAGCAGCAGCAACAACAACAGUGUCAUCAGCAACAACCGUCUAUAGUGUCAGUGACGUCCUCAACGUCGAGCAACCCUGCCACUCCUUCAGCUGCCGUAACACCCACACCACCAUCAUCAUUGUUUCCACCUUCACCAGUCUCCAGUGCACCAGGCAACACUGACAACGUCGUGAAAGAAGGAACUUUCCAGUGUGAUAAAUGCAAUCUAGUAUUCCCACGAUUUGACCUCUGGAGAGAGCAUCAACUUGUACAUAUUAUGAACCCAAAUUUGUUCCCUACAUAUCCACCAGACAGUCCAUUUGGAAUUCUUCAACAGCAUGCGCAGAUACAACAACAGCAGCAGCAGCAGCAGCAACAACAACAGCAGCAGCAGCAACAGAUGGCUGGAGUGGUUGCAGCAGAUUUGUCGGUUAACUCCACCACAGCUUCGCCGCAUUCACAUCCACUGGCGUCUGCGCUCUCUAACAGACGCAAGUUUGACGAGUUUGAUGACACACUAGAGCGAGACUGUGACCAACCGAAAGACAAGAGACUGAGGACGACCAUUUUGCCAGAGCAACUGGACUACUUGUACCAGAAGUACCAACUGGAGAGUAAUCCAUCGCGCAAAAUGUUGGAGAAUAUUGCGCGAGAGGUCGGCCUGAAAAAGCGUGUUGUACAGGUGUGGUUCCAGAAUACGCGAGCACGUGAACGCAAAGGACAAUUCAGGGCUCAUGCGCAAGUAAUUAACAAGCGAUGCCCGUUUUGCCCAGCGUUGUUCAAAGUUAAGUCUGCCCUUGAGUCGCACCUGGUAACUAAGCAUGCUGAUCAGUGCACGCGCGGUGAGAUCAACAUUGACAACUUGCCAGAUGAGGAACUGAGCAUGGAGUCUGCCCCUUCAUCUCACAUGGGUGACAGUGGUGGCAAAGUCCCCACGAACUUUGGUUCAACGACUCCAACCCCUAAUAUGAUGCCGCCACUUUUCCCACCUUUUCACACUGACAUGGAAAACUCUCUGAAGAAAUAUUAUGAAGAGUCCAUGAAACGUUAUAUAAGCGAACUGCAGGCACACCACGCCGCACAGAAUGGUGGCAUUGCUAAGGAGAGUCUGCAUGUCCCAACAGAUCUCAGCAUGAAGAUUAAACAGGAACCAACAACCCCAGGGAGUGAAGGGGGUGGAAGUGGAGGUGGAAGUGGCGGUGGCGGAGUCGGUGAUGGUCCGCUUGAUCUCAGUAAACCUGUGGAUUUGAGCCGCCCCGUUAAAGUUUCCUUGGAACAUGACUCACGAUCUAUGAUGGCCGAACCCGGGCCCCUCACAGACCUGAGUGAGCGCAGCCUGUGCUAUGAAGACGACAGUAUGUCCGAAACGACGGAGAACAUGGACGGUGACGAAAGCAACCCAACCUCGCCAGCUUCCAGCACCCAGAGUAGUCAUCAACGACAUAUACCUUCUGGCGGCGGUAAGAGGUUCCGCACGCAGAUGAGUAGCCUGCAAGUAAAAGCAAUGAAAUCCUUAUUCAGUGACUACAAGACCCCAACUAUGGCAGAGUGUGAGAUGUUAGGCCGUGAGAUCGGUCUGCCGAAAAGGGUGGUCCAAGUAUGGUUUCAAAAUGCCCGAGCCAAAGAGAAGAAGAACAAAAUCGCGCUUCAGAAAGCUUUAGGUGGCCCCGAUACGUCUCCCUCCGUGGUCACGUCAUCAGAAUCGUCAAGACCGCCAGAGGAAUGCAAACUCUGUCAGUUCAGAUACUCCCAUAAGUACUCAAUUCAAGAUCAUAUCUUCACCAAGAAGCAUAUCGACAAUGUGAAGGCCCACAUCGAGAGUGGAAAAGGGGAUACUUCAGGAAACACGAGUGAUGGGGGCGGCAGUGGGUCUGGGGCCGGGGAAUUCACCGUGCCACCAGUCCCCAGUUCAUCUGGAGGCCCUGACAAUGCAACAGUUCCCCCCCAGCCUCAGUUCAUAAACAACAGCGUAGCAGCCGCUGCAGCCCAACAGCAACAACUCGCUCAGCUACAGAUGCUGCAGAUGGCAGCAGCUUCCGGUCUGGCACUUCCGAACUCGCUGUCAGCGCAGGCCAUGGCAGCUGCAGCGGCGGCGGCGGCGGCCGCAGCUGCCAACUCCACGAAAGAUCAGCAUGGAGGCUCGAAGUCUCCGGCGCCUGGGCCGGACGAAAUGGCGCUCUUGCAUCAGCUGUACGGCCUGGGGCUCGCCGGCUUUCCCGGUGCCAUGCAGGCUGGGGGCUUGUUCCUGCACCCAGCCAUGUUCUCUGCCGCAACUGCAACUGGAGGCGGAGGAGGCUUGUUCGAACCAUCUCCUGGACUCGGUGGCGGCGGCGGAACUCCCCUCCACCUGCUCCAACUCCCACCGACGACACUGCAAGCGAUCGGAGAGGCCUCGUCGUCCUGUGAACCAGGAGUGUCCAUCAUUCGAAUCCCAGCUGUUGCAGACUCCGACCCACCCCCGCUGAUGCCGUCGCAAACUGCGUACUGUCUCGAGGUAGAGUCUGAGGUUGGCUUCGUCUGCAAGAAGUGUCGGUUGGCCUUCCCAGGUGAAGCUGGCCUGCAGGGUCACCAACGGGUUAUGUGCUACCAAGGUGUGCCCGCCGAGUCACGCGGGGCUGUCCGCCUCGUGCAGACACAUUACGAGUGCAAGUUGUGCCCAGCGUCGGCUGAAACAGACAAGAUGACCUCGCUUCUUGAGUUCAAGCGUCACUGUGACAGUGAGGCCCACGUCACUAAGCUCGGGGCCCCCCCUACGACCACAUCUACGCCACUGCAAACAAAGCAUCCCAUCCAAACGCAGAGGGUGCCCGCUUCACAGCACCAGCACCAUCCAGCGGCUUCCCUGAGCCCUUCCGCUGGUCUCUCCCACGAGAUGGAAGACGUUGUGAAUCAGAUCACGUUGUUAGCGGCGCGGGCUGCCGCGGAGAGCACUGCUCCUUCGCAGGGGCCGGGCGCAGCCCCCACCGACUCUAAUGCCAACAUCGCUGGAAGUAAGGACAGCAGCGACUUCUGCCAUCCGGUGGAACCGAAGCGGACCAAGCUGCUACAGCUGCAUUCGGGAGACGGCCCACCGACCUGCUCUCCCGUCGCACUGCCCAGCACUGGGCAGUAGGAUCACAUGUAUUUGCGAGGUUCAUGUAACAUCCGGUUGGUUCAGUACAGGCGUUGUCGCAGACGUUACGUGAGCCUCGUUGCAGGUCUCUCCGCAGGAGUGCACGGCAUUGCAGGCUUUUGUGGUGGUGUGAAGUUCAGAUUGUGUGUCUUUAGGGUUGCGACAUCGUGAAGCCAUUUGCAUAGUUAUCAACUGGGAAUCCUGUAGCCUCUAACUUGUAUGCCUCCCACCCAUGAGAGCUAUUUGUUUCCAUGGGCCCGUCAAGGACUGUGUUGCCCAAAAAUCUCCAAGCGUUGGUCUUAAACCGAAUAUUUUAAUUUUCUGUUUAGAAUUACAAAAAGGGUCAUCCUCCCGGAUAAGGUGUCUUGCAUUUUCUUCAUUCUACAGGGGUAACCAAGCAUAUUUAGCUGAUUUCCGUUUUGCAGGCUCAUUGCUGUCUUAAAUUUUUACUAACAUACAAACAGCCUGCAUUAUUGACCUUUUGUUAUUAGAAUAUUUGCAGUUCAUCUCUUAAAUAAUUCUGUACUUGAUUUUAUAUAAUCCUUUCGACUCCAGCUUGUGCUGUUACUCUUACAGUUUCAAGAUAUUUUCCGAUCUAUGUACAGCCAGUUUUGUUGAGUUUGUUAGAAAAUAUUUGCUAUAUUUUUCUGCUAACCUCUUACUAACUGUAUAUGUAUGCUGGAUCCUGUAGGAAGCGACCCACUCUGAACGUUAAUCAGGCACACAUAGGCAUCGGUACUUGCGCGCCGUUAAACACAUACAUACAUACACACAUACAUAUUGACAGACUCUGUUAUCUCUGGUGCCCUAUACUGGUGCCACUUUGACGACCAUGUUUGAUGCUAAAAUCCAAACAAAAUUUAAAUGAGAAACGAGUUUUAUUAUGACCUUAAAACACAAAGUGUUCGCCACCCAACUGCAUGUAUGAAUGUUCACGUUGAAGCCCUGCGAUCCGCGUGAUAGUAAGCUUUGACUGCGUCACAAUUGAACCCCAAAAGAGAACUGCAGGAAGAGUCUCACGACAGAUUCCUCGAUAAAGGUACAGCAGCAACAUAAUUGUGAGAAGAAGAGUUUCGGGUCGGCCCCGAGGAACACACAUUCAGCAGCAACCUGUAAACCCAGAGCGAUCGUAGUACUGACUUAGGCCACGGUAGAGCGGGUUCAAACCCGGCGGAG